AUAAAUGACCUUCACACAGAAUGGGUCUGUGGCAAAGAAGAGGGAUCCUAGUAAGCUGGCUGGCACUUCACAUUUUAUGUGGGACAGCUGAUGUUGAAAGCAGCUUGCCCGUGGACCUCACUCCAGAUGAGAAAGUUCUACCACCAACAACGCUAGCAUUAACUCCAACAGCCUCCAGUGCUUCCACAUACAACAUAUCGACCUCCACAUACGCGACUGUCAUACCGCCCAUACCGCCGAGCGACCGCGACCGAUUCCUGACUUUCGCGGAAUCUGGACACCAUAGGACCUUUAUGUUUGCGGAGAAUAACACGUUUAUACAACUGGAUGGUGAUAUUAUACAGAGGUUUCAGUUAAGAUUAUGCAGAGAAAUAUCAUUUAAGUUUCGCACGAGGCUACCUCAUGGUCUAUUAGUUUACCACAAUGUCAAGAAUCCUGUGUUCAAAAUGCAGCCAUACGCUUUAUAUGUUAUUGUGGAGAAAGGAGAACUAAAAGUGGUCCACGUAUUCGGUAAACACCUGACAUCCGUGACGGUUGGCCGCGCCCUGAACAGGGACCAGUGGCACAGUGUGCAGGUCACAAUAGACGUACACGGCGCACGACUCAUAGCCAAAGUGGACCAGAUGAAGGAAGAGGUGUACCUCAAGGGUUUAAGCUUCGAUACAAAUUAUGGAAUUACUGAUAACUUGACAUCUGUUAUACUCAUCGGAGGUUUAAGCUCAGAAGAAAAGCUCCACGGGGUCAAAUACAUCAUAGAAUCCUUCGUGGGUUGCAUCAGUGACAUGGUCCUAAGCUCCGGCAAGGCGGCCUCAGACCUCCUUCCCAUUGUACCACUAAUCGCAACUAAACACGAAAACGUCAAGGAAGGUUGUAUAGACAAAUGCAGGACGCUAGAGAACCUAUGCUUCCAAGGGUCGAGAUGUAUUAAUGAGUACAAUGGGUAUAGGUGUGACUGCUUUGGAACUAGAUAUGAAGAGGACUUGUGCGACUUUUACACUGCCACAGUGCUGACUCUUCGAGGGUCGAGUUACGUGUCAUACAGGGUGUAUGAUUGGAAGGACCGGGUGCAUUCCACCAAUACAAGGGUCAGCUUGCAUUUUAAAACACGUUUCGACGACUCAGCACUUUUCUACGCCAGCGGCCAAAUCGACGACAAGCAUCAUUACAUAGCUCUCUCAGUCCAUCAAAGGAAAGUUGCCUUCCAAAUAGACCUCGGAGACGGUCCCAUAGACGACUACAUUGGCCACAAUGUCAACGACAACCAAUGGCAUAACUUAACAGUAACUCUUCAUGAAAAGAUACUCGUUGUUUACUUGAAUGGCGUGAUAGAAACUUAUGAGACUCCCGGGGAAGCCAAGUUUGUCUAUAUUGAUCCGGAAAUUUAUUUAGGUGGUGGACCUGAUUUACACAAGAUGAAAGGAUUGAAAUCAUUCAAUAACUUCGCUGGUAAUCUCAAAUAUGUAUACUACAACGACGUGUCGAUACUUUACGUGUUAAAACAGAACAAUCCUAAGGUUCAUUACAUUGGAGCUCUUGAUCCCGAGUUUGAAGAAAUCGAUAUAGAAGUGAUACCAAUUACUUAUCCAUUCGCAACAUCACAUAUUUGGUGGCCUGUGCAUAAUAACACGCAUAGCUUUAAUUUAAUAUUUGAGUUCAAAACAAGCAAGAACAUGGCAGUUUUGGCCUAUAGCGAGACUACGACUGCUUCUGGUCAAGGCUAUUGGGAGGUGAGGAUGGUAAAAGAAGAAAUAAGAUUUGAGCUAGUGUCAGACGUAGGAAAAAAUGUGACUGUAUUGAAGUCCGUAAAAUUUAAUGCUAGCAAUGAUUGGCACACUGUCGAAUUAGAAUAUACUAAAGGAAGAUUCAAGCUGACUGUGGACCAUAAUAAUAAACCAGCACAAAUGUUUGGUUUGGACUUCAGUCUUCAAGACAAAAUAGUCAUUGGUAGCGGUCUUAAGUCGGCCAACUUGGGCCUGAUCGGAUGCAUGAGGAAUGUUAAAAUCAAUGGACUCCUUAUAGAACCAAGAUACGUAAUAAACACGGAGCGAGUUGUCGGCGAAGUGGCCAUCGACGACUGCAGAUACGUGGACCCCUGCACGAGGCCCAACACCUGCGAACACGGCGGCAUCUGCUCCAUCAGAGAAGACAGGGUCAUCUGCGACUGUGAGAAAACUGGAUACAUAGGGGUAAAUUGUCACUUCGCCACAUUUCGCAAGACAUGCGAGGAGCUAGCCCUCCUCGGCUACACCAGAAACGACGUGUACCUCAUCGACAUCGAUGGCAACGGCAAAUUCCCACCGGCACAUGUCAAGUGCGAAUUUCAAAUCGACGCAGAUUCUUCUACCACGGUUGUUGAACAUAAUCUACCUAGCCAAGUGGAUGUCCGAUCUGCAUCAGGCCAAGAUUUCAGCUUCCGGAUAAAGUAUCGCGAAUUCACGGCAGAAAUGCUUCAGGAGCUCAUCUCCCACUCUCUGUUUUGUCGGCAAUAUAUCAAAUACGAUUGCAAUAUGGCGCCAUUGGAGCUACAUAGUUCUACUUGGUUCAUAUCGUCUUCUAAUGAUACCGUGGAUUAUUUGGGAGAUGUCAAGAGAGGUUACUGCUCCUGUGGAAUCAACUCAACUUGCAUCUUCCCAAACCAAACUUGCAACUGUGAUGCUAACGAAAACAAAUGGCACUCUGACGAGGGAACUUUCGUGGUGCCGAGCAGCUUGGGCAUUACGGAGAUGUUCUUCCUGCAGCAAAAGGACCUAACCGAGGAAGCCCAGGGCAGGAUCACCUUAGGGCCUUUGGAAUGUGUUGAGACGAAUACCCAAAGAUACGUAGUGACAUUUACAACGUCACAGUCGUACAUCGAAGUGCCGGGUUGGAGGAAGGGUGACAUCGCCUUCAGUUUCCGCACAACUGGCACCAGCGCCAUUUUGCUAUUUCAACCACCUAUCAGACCCAACUACCCAUCGUUCAUGGUCGCGUUGACUAGUGAACACGAACUGACAUUCAACUUCACUCUAAACACGGGCACAAAUAGAAAACUAGUAAUCAACUCGAAGAGGAAACUGAACGGGGGUGAAUGGCACAAGAUCUGGAUCGACUACAACUUCUACCACGUGAGGUUCAUGCUAAACACCGAGUACCAGAUGCUGAACUUGCUGCAGGAGGAGGAGUUCGGACCGUUUGAGGGCUCCAUGUUCAUAGGCGGAGCUACUGCAGAACAUUUUAAGAAAUCCGCUGCCGCUGUAAGUCAAGGUCUAAUAGGAUGUUUCAGAGGCCUUGUAGUGAACGGUGAAAUCCUUGACAUUUACAGCUACAUGUCCGUACAUUUGUCUGAAAUCAUCAAAGACUGCAAGCCGUCUUGUGUUCCAAAUCCAUGCCAAAAUAAAGCCACUUGCAAGGAACUCUGGUCCAGUUAUGAAUGCAUUUGCAAAAAUCCCUGGGCUCAUUUAGGAACACAUUGUGAAGAAAACAUAAACAUAAAAGCUUUAACGUUCCAAACAAAGGAAGCUUACUUGAAGAAGAAUUAUUUAGUGGACAAUUCAACAGAUAAUGAAAAACACAGACUGAAGAAAAUGAUGACAGAAAAUGUACUCAUGAACCUAAGAACCUAUGAUGAUAAUUCUUUAGUGUUAUACGCAAACGAUAAUCUUAAUAACUUCAUCCAUCUGUUUAUACAUAAUGGAAGUGAAAUAAUUUAUCUGUUUAAUCAUGAGGACGAAAUAAUUCAAAUGAAUGUAACGUAUGAAAAUAUAAAUAGAGGAGAGAGUGUUCAAAUUGCUAUAAUAAGAACGAAUCAUACCACGACGUUACACGUUAAUGACAAAAAUACUACAAUCGAAAAAGUUGCAAAGCUCUUGAGCAAUUAUACAAAUAAACCUUGGAUCAAUCCAGAAUUAGAGGUUAUCUUACCACAGCGUCCUCCAGCCCCUCCGACCGACUAUUUUCAGAUGAAUCUUGGAGGCUAUGACAACUAUUCGCUGCAUUUAGCACCCCGUGCCGUAAUACUACCUCAAGGGGGGUAUGUCGGCUGUGUGAGAGGCUUUAAAAUAGCCGACCAUGUUGUCGACUUGCCUCGCAAGGCUAAAGACAACGUGGAUCAAGACACUGCGGGAGUUCUACCUAAAUGCGACAUGAAAUGCGACUCCGAACCCUGCAAAAAUGGUGGCAUAUGCACAGAGGACUUCACCAAUCAAGAAAGCAGCUGCAACUGCGAACUGACAAGCUAUUUUGGUGAAUAUUGUAUGGAAGAGAAAGGGGCGGAUUUUAAUGGCGAGAGCAUAUUGCAGAGAGGGUUCACCCUUAAAGGACCCGUGUUAAAAGUGAAAAUAAAAUUGGCUUUCUCAAGCAACGACCUGCGCCAGAAAAAUACUGUCCUUCUAUUAGUUCAAACAGAAAACCAACGCAGUUACUAUUUGCUCAUAGCAAUAACACAAGAUGGCUAUCUUAAAUUUGAAGAAGAUCGCGAAGAAGCUGCUUAUGGAGUUGAAGUUAAAAACCGAAAUUUCUUAAAUGGAGCCAGACAUACAGUAUACUACACUAGAGAAGGCGAUGACGCUAUUCUUUUAAUAGAUAGGAUAGAAAUUCCUUUAGAAAAACUGCCUGUUCAAGGACCAUGGGAAGUUCUGGAUGUUGGAUCCAAUGAAGUUCAAAUUGGAGGACUUAAUACAAGUGACCCAAGGCUCAAAAUUUAUAAGGGAUACAACGGAUGUCUUUCCAAUAUCUUCGUGGAAGUGAAUGAGUACAUAAUGAAGCCGCUGGAGGAGUACAUGAUGUUCACACGCGACUCCGAAAAGGUGAACGUGGUGAACGCACUGGGAGUACGCAGCGCGCAGUGCUCCGCCGAGUUCGACGAGGCCUGGCCCGACCGCGACCAGCUGGCCUCCGCGCACAAUGGGAGCUUUCUUAUAAGUGGCGACAAGACCUGGGUCGAGGACCCGCCGUCUCGCACGCCUUACGACCUGUUGUACCAACAGCCUGAUGCGGAGGAAGAAAACACGGAUAAAUUCUUCAUAGCGCUCAUCGUUAUUUACCUACUUGGCCUGUGCUACUGCGGUUAUCAUAUGUGGCGAACGCACAAGGCUCAUAGGCUUCGUCUGGAGAAGGAAACAGACGAAAACAUUAUGAAGAACAAAGAAAUGGCGACCAAAUUACAGGAGCCUAGCUUCGCUUUCAUGCAGUUGAAAGACGGAGACGAAUCAAACAAAGAAGAGAAUGAGAAGAAGCCCAAUGGAGUGACAAUAGAAAUGAAUCCUACGGUCAUCGUGGACGUGCCGGAGGACAAGCCUGCCAUUAGGCGAGGUUCUUUAAGAUUUAGAGACUUAAUAGAAAAAGAUGUAACAUUUGAGCCCCUUGAAGAAAAAGAUGAAACAGAAGAAAACGAAGAAGAUGAAGAAAGUGAGGAUGAAGAAGAUGAUCACUCGAAAACGGAUGAUGAUCAUUCCAAAACCGACGAUGAUCAUUCUAAAACGAACGAUGAUAACUCUAAAACGGAGGAUGAUCACUCUAAAACGGACGAUGAACAUGAGGAUACCUAUAAAAAUGGGAAUGGCGAAAAUGGUCACGCACAAGACAGGGAAGCAGAUUGUGGAGAGAUGGUGGAGAAUGGAGAGGAGGAUGAUUAUAAAAAUCAUCAGCCCCCGCAACGUAUCUCCAAAGCUACCAUCCAAGGCCCGCCCACCUUCACCACCCGACUACCCUACAAGAUAGACGAAGAUGGUUCCAAUGAGUUAUUGACCUCUAGCGCUUAA